CCGCCGGAAGUCGUUCGCGUUGUGGCACCGAGGUUUCCGUUUCUGGGACCCCGGGCGCAGUGAGGGAGGUCGGUGCAGCGGCGGCCUCCUCCUGUAGGCGGGUGUCAUGGCGGAGUUGGUGCAGGGACAGAGCGCUGCUCCCGUCGGGAUAAAGUCGGAGGCGUACGCGGAGGCGCUGCACCGGGUCCGGCAGAGUCAUGGCGAUGUCAGCCCUGAAGAGCUUGCACGGUACCUCCAUGUGCUACAGAUCGCUGCUAAAAUAGAUGGAAUCCCACACUUGAAUAAUUCCGGAUCGCUAGUGGACACAUCCAUGUACGGAUAUGCAGUCCAAAAAAGACCUCUUGAUGAUGGGGUUGGCAACCAGUUAGGGGCUCUGGUACAUCAAAGGACUGUGAUGACAGAAGAAUAUAAAGUGCCUGAUAAGAUGGUUGGAUUCAUUAUUGGAAGAGGAGGAGAGCAGAUUUCUCGGAUUCAGACAGAGUCUGGCUGCAAAAUUCAGAUAGCUCCAGAUAGUGGUGGAAUGCCCGAGAGGCCCUGUGUACUGACUGGAGCACCAGAAAGUAUAGAGCAAGCAAAACGUCUCUUAGGUCAGAUAGUGGAUCGCUGUCGGAAUGGUCCCGGAUUUCACAGUGAUAUGGACGGAAACAGCACGGUUCAGGAGAUUCUAAUCCCAGCUUCCAAAGUGGGUCUUGUCAUUGGCAAAGGUGGAGAGACCAUCAAACAGCUGCAGGAGAAGACUGGUGUUAAAAUGAUCAUGAUCCAAGAUGGUCCGUUACCUACUGGAGCAGACAAACCGCUUAGGAUUACAGGCGACCCAUACAAAGUGCAGCAAGCAAGAGAGCUGGUCCUUGAAAUAAUCAGAGAAAAGGAUCAGGCUGAUUUCAGAGGGGUUCGAAGUGACUUCAGCUCCAGGAUGGGGGGAGGUAGCAUAGAGGUGUCUGUGCCUAGGUUCGCUGUGGGAAUCGUAAUAGGACGGAACGGGGAAAUGAUCAAAAAGAUUCAGAAUGACGCAGGAGUAAGAAUUCAGUUCAAACCAGAUGAUGGUGUCAGUCAUGAAAGACUUGCACAGGUAAUGGGCCUUCCUGACCGGUGCCAGCAUGCUGCUCACCUUAUCAAUGACCUGAUUGUGACAGCACAGGAACGAGAUGGAUUUGGAAGCCUUGCCCUCACUCGAGGAAGGGGGCGUACUCGUGGUGACUGGAACAUUUGUACGCCAGGAGGAAUGCAAGAAAUCACAUACAGUGUUCCAGCUGACAAAUGUGGACUUGUGAUUGGCAAAGGGGGUGAAAAUAUUAAAAGUAUAAACCAGCAGUCAGGGGCCCAUGUGGAACUCCAGAGAAACCCUCCUCCUAACACAGACCCAGCAGUAAGAAUAUUCACCAUUCGAGGUCCCCCACAACAUAUCGAGAUGGCGCGGCAUCUGAUUGAUGAAAAAGUUGGCGGAUCUGCAAUCAGUGCUCCAAGCAGCUUUGGCCAGAGUCCUUUUAACCAGGCACAUGCAACACCUCAUCAAAAUGGUCCUCAAGCUUUUGUAACACAGAGUUGGGGCAGCACUUAUCAGGCGUGGCAGCAGCCCGGGCAACAGCUUCCAGGACAGCAGAACCAGCAGCAAAACACUCAGCCUGAUUACAAAGCAUGGGAGGAGUAUUACAAAAAACAGAAUCAAGCAGCCAGUGCCCCCUCCCAGGCGAGCUCGCAACCAGACUACACCAUGGCUUGGGCAGAGUAUUACAGACAACAAGCUGCGUACUAUGGACAGACGUUGGGGCAAGGUCAAACUCAUAGUCAGGAGCAGUAGAACAAGUGUCCAGUCAAUGGAGUUUUAUUUCACUUUUUUUUUUCUUGUUUCCAUUGGAAUCGUUGAGAAAAAAGAACCUUAAUUUGUAACAGGUUUCUAGAUUUACAGACCUUUUUUGAUGACUUUUUUCUUUGUAAAACACUAGCUGUAGGGUAAAAUCUAUACUGAACUGCUAAAAAAAAUAAAAAAAAAAUCAGGAUUCUAUAAUAUACUAAAGAUAUAAAUUACCUACUGGGAUUCUUUUUUAUGUUUUUUUUUCCCUUUUGUUUGUUUUUUUGUUUGCUUCAUGUUUUUUUUCCAACCUAUGGGGAAAAAAGUGUUAACCUGAAUUCUUUUUGGAACUGAACAGAUAAAUAUAUAUAUAUAUAUUAUAAUAAUAAUAAUAAAAAAAAGUCCUCCAUUACUUAGCCCUUUGCCCCCCGGUGCUGAAAUUGCUAAAUAUUUGUCUCAUUUUUUGUAGCAUUUUUUGUCUUUGACAAUUCAGCUUGGAGGUCUUAUCAUCACAAUACAAAAAAAAUGUAUGGGAAAAAAAAUAUGUACACAGCUCAGUAAUUUUUUUAAUGUGUAUUUAAAUAUUCUUAACUGUAAAUUCAUUAAAUGUUUUACGUCUAAUUUUCUGGUAUUAUGACUAUUUGAUUUUAUUGCAUAUUUGUUUUUGUUUUUUAAGUUUAAUUAACAAUCUGUUACCUUGUUCUACAUUGUAAUUGUAAGUACAAAAUAUUUGAAUUUUGUUUUUUUUUUGUUUUUUUGAGACAAGUAUUGUGUGGGGGUUAAAUGGGAUGGGGGGCAGGGUCAUAUUUUGUAGGCUUUGUAUAAUACCUAGGGUUUUGAAGGGUUAAUAUAAAAAUUGAUUGUUAAUCCUUUUCUUGCCAGGGAGGUCUGCAAUACAUUAGAGAGUAAUGCGCGGCAUGCAUCUCUGGCAAGGCAGGGGUGCAUUUUUUUAAAAGCAAUGUUUAUUAUGAGUUAUGUUGCCUCUGUAUAUCAGACAUCCAAGCUGUAACAGGAAUUACCUUUUUUUGUGCUGUCAAAUAUAAAUACUAUUAUUUUUAAUAUGAAUAAAUCAGAUGUUAUGAUCUUUAAAUAAUGCAAAACACUGUGGAACAUUUAACAGUAUGGAAAAGUUUAAAAAAGAAUCUUAGUAACUAUUUUUUAACUCGGGUUCAUAUUUUUUGGUUUGUUUUAAAUAUUUUCUUAUCUAAUUGUCAAAUUUACCAUAGAAAUAAAUUAAAAAAAAUAGUAUUAACCACAGUAUGUGCUAAAAUGUUUUCUGAUUUAAUAAAAGGGAUCUGAUUUUGAAUGUUUGUAGUUUUCCUUGUAUAGAUGACUAGUUUGUUUUUUUUAUUAUAUUUUUUUUUGUUUGUUUUUUUGACGAAAAUUUAAUUUUAUUUAAAAAAAAUUUUUUUUGCGUUUCUAAUAUUAAUCCAUGGGAACAUUCCUUUUUUUGGAGGGGGCUGUUUUUUUCUUUUCUGCUUACAUAAUGUUUAACUAUUAAAGAAAACACAAUUUGAUGAUAUUGAAUAUGUUACACAGAGAUGUCGUCUUCAUCUGCAAUUGAAUUUUACACUCUAUAUAAUAAAAAUGCCACAAGGCUUCUUGUGGAUCAAAAUGU